GUGGGAGUUAACUGGAGGAAGGUCGCUUGGGUGGAAGGAUGGAAAGGCACAAAAAAACAGAAAGGGUGGCAGGGAAAUUAAGAUUGGAGUAGGGACUUGAAAUGAUGACUCAUGUAAUUGACUGCUGAUGACUACGCUGCAAACAUUCUGACAGACACAAAAACACACUCUUCCUCGCGACAACCAUCACAGACAGCCAGACAGGACAAGACUGAGACAAAUGUACCUGAAAAGAUAAUUGCCGCCGUCUUCGUUCUCGAAAACCUAGAAAUAUUGUUCUCGUGCUGGCCAUCGGGGGAAUACAGCGCUUUGAUGGUGGUGUAGGACUGUGUUAUGGAAGCCACCUGCCCCCAUAACUCUCUUUCUCGCCUCGGAUCUCCGCCGACAGUAACGGUGCUGUCCACUAUGCAUUUGCACUAAAUACAGUGAAAGUGAACUGGUAAGAAGAGAAGAAAUGAGAAGAAAAUCGCUGGUUGCCUUCUCGGCAGUACUGUUCUGUCUGUGCCGCGCGACAAUCGUCUCCAACCGGACGCGCGGCGGCCGCUACGCGCAAACAUCAUCCACAUCAUCAGACAAGGGAAGCGAGAAGGACGUGGGUGUCUCCCCAAUCUCUGGCCAACAACAUAUCUACAAUGUUGAUUAUUUCAGUAAGAAUGAAACAAUGGGCUCACCAAGACGGCAGGGGGACUUCAGCCAUAGGAAUGGCACUUCCUCCAUCAAAACCAGCAGAGGCAAUACAGGCACCACUAUGAUAUUUGGCAGGCCAGACCAUGUUCAAGGUGGAACAGGGUGGGCCAUGGACGGAGGAGUGGCACCAAUAUGUGCCUACCGGGUGAUGGAGGAGGGAAUCUGGGGGCGGCUGUGUUUUCGACACACACAGCUGGGGUUCAGGUGUCAUCGUCGAGACUGCCGGACUGUUCCAUCUGCAGGAGGGUCCCUGGUGGCCAACGUUUUGACCAACGGCAGCGUGCUACUACAGUGGACAUAUGAAGAUCUGAGGGAAGAGGCUCAAAGGACAAAUAAAGGAAACACAGCUGGACAUGACCGAGAUAAACAAGAGACAGAGACUAGAGGAUCAAGUGUAGAGGGACAGAAAGGGGCCCCUGGAACAGGGCUUAGGGAAGAGAGCAGGUUUGUAACUGCCUCACCAAAGAGGGUAUUCGGUGGACGACGUGUCAGAAGGGGUGGGUUUGGGCUAAGCUGCUGGUGGAACGGGAGCUACACCCAGUUUGAGUGUGCUAACACCCAUCUUGGCUCUGGUUGCAGGGACUUCUUGCUGACUGAGCUGCAUGAGAGCGUCCCUUACCGCAUCUGCCUGCAUCCGCUUGCCUCCACCCUGACCCCACCGCUCCACUCAGAAGGAGCAGGCCAGAGGGAGGACCUGGGGGACUGUGUGGAGUUCACUGUCUCACCCUUGGGCAUGCAGGACAUUGUGAUUGCCAUGACAACAGUGGGAGGAGCCAUCUGUGUGAUGCUGGUCAUCAUCUGCCUGCUGGUGGCGUACAUCACUGAGAACAUCAUGAGCCCCACGACACAGCACUCACACUCCACAUACCACUCUCACCACUAAUGUCACUCACACAAACAUGCACGCAUGUGUGUGCACACACACGUAACCUUAUUCAGCAAUAUCGCAGUCAUUUAUUUUAAUCACACAUCUAAAUCAAUACACUAAAAACACAAUUAUGUAACAUACUGUGGUUGAACACCCACACACACAUAAUAAAAAUCUCACUCGGAUUCAGGGCAUUGCACCUUACACACUACUAGAUCUAUAAGCUUGUGGAAGAAUGAUGAACUAAGCCUCACAACAGACCACCACACUUUCAAAUACUAUGAAAUACUUUUCAAAUGAUAGGGCUCAGAGAAUUCCCUCUUUGUGUGAGCAUUAAUUUGUGUGUUUAUUUUCCUCUUGUCUAUUUAUCUCAUUACUAGCCUUUAUGCUAGUAAUCAAAGUGCUCUGUAUUAGAGAUAGUAAGCUGCUAGUCAGUAGGCCUACCUAAGAGUGAAACAUGUUCUAUAGUUGAGCAAUGUUAUGAACCAGUAUUUAGCACGAUUCCUCUUUUUUGGAGUCCAGUUCUAUAUUUGCAGUAAUUACAUAUGUUCAGUGGUAAGUAAUAUGUGCAAGCACAGUAGGUAAUUGAAUUAAUGAUUUCUUACUUUUCACCUCAGAGAGGGUUAAUUGAAUAACUGUCAACAAUGCACCCUCAGGCACCCAAGAAUGAUUCCCAUUUGCCUUACCUUCUCCUGGAUGUAGAGAUCUAUGUAUACUGAACAUCCCUGUUAGUGAGCAUUAAUCCAUCCACCUGACAGGUGAGGCAUA